AUGCACGAGUUGUUGUUGUUUGCCUCCGUUCCACUCCACCAACAUCAUGAGCUCCGACAACAACUCGCCGGAUUGACGGCCAUGCAGCCUCGCCACCGUCUCGAACGGCGUCUGAUCUUCAAGGCCUAUCGCAAACCUGGUGUGAUUACGACUCGCGUCGGUGCUAGCCAGGAUGUUCAGGGCGUUGACCUGCAGCGAUUGAACAAAAUGUUAAACGGUGGCAUGUAUUACACGCAAGUCGUCGGUCCGGUUCUUCACGAAAACUUUGCUGCUGCUGGAGUUACCCGCGGAGAAGGAGAUGAUCCCGAUGCGGCGAUGUCGGGCAUUCACGAGUCCCAGAAGGAUUCCUUGUCUCAUUCGACCUAUGAUUAUGAAAGCCAAUCCUGGAAACUUGAGUUCAGGGAUAUUCCCGAAGCGGGCACUCGGUCCGCAGUCACUGCUCGCUUAAUGGCCAGUGCCGGUCUACCCAAAGGCGACAUCGUCGAGCCCAUGAAUGCUUGGGGAUAUGGGUUUGUCACCGAAUACGUGGUGGAAGGAGAUAUUUUUAUUCUUAAUGACAUUGUCAUCUUUUUACAUCGAGUUCUUCGCUAUCCCUCUGAGUCCUCGGAUCCUCACGCCCCUCGAGGGCAAUUGCCUUCGUUCGAGCAGAUGAAACCUCUGGACAAGAGUGGUAGCUACGUGUUGCAAGCCGCCAUAACAGUCCAAGAUGGUGGAAACCAGGAGACCAUGAGGACUGCAUCGCAACAUUUGUUUGGUCUUCGCGAGCAGCUCCGGUCGGCUGUUCGGCUGGAACAAGCAGAUCGACUAUCAUUGGACACGCGGGCAAAGUGA